AUGGGGAAUUGUUGCUCUCAUGGACGGGCCACAGAAGAUGGAAACACACACGAGAAGGGCCUAACUGAUUCAAACGCGGCUGGUCCAACCGCUGAACCUCCUGUAGCACAAUCCAAACACGCCCCUCCUUCUCCACCACCCGCCACAAAACAAGGCCCUAUAGGACCAGUCCUAGGUCGACCUAUGGAAGAUGUAAAAUCUUCAUACUCUCUAGGCAAAGAGCUAGGCCGUGGACAGUUCGGUGUCACCCACCUCUGCACACAAAAGGCCACAGGUCAACAAUUCGCUUGCAAGACCAUUGCUAAAAGAAAGCUUGUGAACAAAGAAGACAUUGAGGAUGUAAGAAGAGAAGUGCAGAUCAUGCAUCACCUCACUGGUCAACCAAACAUUGUGGAGCUUAAAGGAGCUUACGAGGAUAAGCACUCUGUGCAUUUGGUCAUGGAGCUUUGCGCUGGUGGAGAGUUGUUUGAUAGGAUUAUUGCUAAAGGACAUUACUCUGAGAGAGCAGCUGCUUCUUUGUUAAGAACCAUUGUUCAGAUUGUGCAUACUUGUCAUUCCAUGGGGGUUAUUCACAGAGAUUUGAAGCCUGAGAACUUUCUGUUACUCAACAAAGAUGAGAGCUCUCCUCUCAAGGCCACUGACUUUGGUCUGUCUGUUUUCUACAAGCCGGGAGAGGUGUUUAAGGAUAUAGUGGGUAGUGCUUAUUACAUAGCACCAGAGGUUUUGAAAAGGAAGUAUGGACCUGAAGCUGAUAUUUGGAGUAUUGGUGUCAUGUUGUAUAUACUCUUAUGUGGUGUCCCACCCUUUUGGGCAGAAUCCGAGAAUGGAAUAUUCAACGCCAUCUUAAAGAGCCAUGUUGAUUUCUCAAGUGAUCCAUGGCCAUCAAUCUCACCUCAAGCGAAGGAUCUUGUUAAGAAGAUGCUCAACUCUGAUCCAAAGCAAAGACUAACUGCUGCUCAAGUUCUCAACCAUCCAUGGAUCAAGGAGGAUGGAGAAGCACCGGACGUUCCUCUUGACAAUGCAGUGAUGUCCAGGCUCAAGCAAUUCAAAGCAAUGAACAAUUUCAAGAAAGUUGCAUUACGGGUGAUAGCAGGUUGCUUAUCAGAGGAAGAGAUUAUGGGAUUGAAGGAGAUGUUUAAAGGUAUGGACACUGAUAGCAGUGGAACAAUUACACUCGAGGAGCUAAGACAAGGACUAGCUAAGCAAGGUACAAGGUUGUCAGAAUACGAAGUCCAACAGUUAAUGGAAGCUGCCGAUGCUGAUGGUAAUGGAACAAUAGACUAUGGUGAGUUUAUCGCAGCGACAAUGCAUAUUAACAGACUUGACAGAGAAGAACAUCUCUACUCAGCCUUCCAACACUUUGACAAAGACAACAGUGGAUAUAUCACAAUGGAAGAGCUGGAGCAAGCCCUCAGGGAGUUUGGCAUGAGUGAUGGCAGAGACAUCAAAGAGAUAAUUUCAGAGGUCGAUGGAGACAAUGAUGGUCGGAUAAACUAUGAUGAAUUCGUGGCAAUGAUGAGAAAAGGAAACCCAGAUCCUAUCCCAAAGAAACGGCGUGAACUUUCAUUUAAAUGA